UUUAUUUGGGAACUGAUCUGAUUAUAGUUUCUGUUUUUAUAUUUUUAUAAUAUAGUUAGUGCUAAAUUUAAAUUUUGAUAAUGAACGAUUUUGAUGCGUAUAAUCCUUUAAGUAAUGUGAAAAUCAUUUUGACGGAAGAUCAACUCUCAGAAAUAAAUGAUUGGUUUGAUCAAAAUGCUAAGCCACAAUUGAUAUCAAGUGAAGGAGAACCUCUUAAUGUUGUAACGAUAAACAAAAUACAAACAUUUAUGGAGCUUAAUAAGUUUCACAGAAGAAGCUUCCAUUAUCCUUCAUACGGAGAGAUCAUGGCUGAAGCAGAACGGUUUAAAGCAGCAGUAACGAGAAUGAUCACUAGAGAUCAAUUUAUAUACAUGAUCAACAAAUGGACAAUAUUGCCAGACUUGAAACAUGAAAUUAAGUUAGCUUUCAAGGUUUUCGACACAGAAAAUAGACAUUUUCUGGACAUCGAUGAACUCAAACAAAUCGUCACCGGAUAUGAAAAUAAGUUUGAUGAAAUGGAAACUAGAGAAAUGAUUCGAGAUGCUAAUGUGCGAGGUGAUGGAAAAAUAUUCUAUGAAGAUUUUAUUGAAAGUAUAUUUAGUCGUGCACCAGAACUUUAUGAUGAAAUUAAAGCUGAAUAUUUAUAUGAUGACCCAGAAGAUGACCCAUCAGUAGAAAAACCAAUUAUUCUUGAAGAACCUCCUCCACCCGAGCCCCCGCCUCCACCUCCCCCGAAAAAAGGAAAGAAGAAAAAAUAAUCUAGGCACCAAUUAAUAAUUUUGAGGAGAGAACUGAAAACUGAUUAAAACAAAACAAUUAUAAAUAAUAAAUAUACUAAUAAACAUAUAA